AUGGAAAUUCCACUUUACCACUAUGACCACGGUGGAGACAGCCAAUAUCUUCCGCCAGGUUUCAGAUUUCAUCCCACGGAUGAAGAACUCAUCACCCAUUACCUCCUCCGCAAGGUCCUCGACGGUUGCUUCUCAAGCCGUGCCAUUGCAGAGGUUGAUCUGAACAAGUGCGAGCCUUGGCAACUUCCCGAGAAAGCUAAGAUGGGAGAGAAAGAAUGGUACUUUUUUAGCCUACGUGACCGGAAAUAUCCGACAGGACUGAGAACGAACAGAGCAACGGAGGCUGGUUACUGGAAAGCUACCGGAAAAGACCGAGAGAUUUUUAGUUCAAAGACUUGUGCACUUGUUGGGAUGAAGAAGACUCUUGUCUUCUACAAAGGAAGAGCCCCUAAAGGAGAGAAGACUAAUUGGGUUAUGCAUGAAUAUCGUCUUGAAGGCAAAUUCUCAUACCAUUUCAUCUCCAGAAGCUCUAAGGACGAAUGGGUAAUCUCUAGGGUUUUCAAGAAAACAGGUUUAGCCAAUACCGGAAUCUCCGGGGCAGGAGCAAGUGCUAGCGUAGGCAGCAGUACUGGUGGGUCUAAAAAGACGAAAGUACCCUCAACCAUCUCCACAAACUACCGUGAGCAACCAAGCUCUCCUUCCUCCGUCUCACUCCCUCCUCUCUUUGACCUCACCACAACACUCGGCUACACCGAUAGCGGCUACUCAUACAACAGUAGUCGCACCAAUACAACUCUCACAGCCACUGCGAUAACCGAGCACGUGUCCUGUUUCUCCACUGCCACUACUACUACUGCCUUAGGCUUAGAUGUUAACGUUGACUCAUUCAACCAUCUCCUACCGCCUACGCCGCCUGGGUUUGACCCUUUUCCUCGUUUUGUCUCUAGAAACAUCUCAAAUCUAUCUAACAUAAGGUCGUUCCAAGAAAACUUCAAUCACUUUCCAUACUUUGGGUCGUCUUCUGCAUCGACCAUGACCCCCUCCCUUAAUCUGCCCUCUUCCCACGGUGGCACCGAGAUGAACAACUGGCCACCGACAAUGGCGGAAGAGAACGAGACAAAGGCGGGUCUGCUUAGUGGUGGACUUGGUUGCGUAUGGAAUUACUAAUAAAAAAAUAGGCCUUAUAAGAAUAAUUGUGUUUUCUUUAGGGUUUUAAAAAAUAUUCUAGAUGGUUAUGAUAUCUCUAAUAAGUGUAAAAAGGGGAUGCCCCAAGUCUUAGCUUGAUGUUUUCGUUUAAUUAUGUUUCUUUUAAGUGUAUCCGGCCGUCUUAGUUUAAGUUAA